CAACAGCUGAGGCGGAGAGCUGGGUAGUCAGACAGCAACAGCCAUCAGGGAAACAUGUGUGGAGCUGCACGCAACGUGUUGACCGCUUUGAGGCAGAAUUGCUUCCUGAUCUUCCCAUUAAUUGGUUUUCUAUGCUCGUUCCUGGUCUUCAUAGAGAUGAUACAAAAACUUUCUUUUCCCUCUGAAACAAACUGGUCUCCGCUGCGGCUCCUGGGGCCUGCGACGUGGCUACCGCUGACCACUGACACAGGAAAGCUGGUUGCUGUACAAACUAUGAUACACAGUAUCCUGUACUUCAUAGCAUGUUACUAUCUCAUCCAGGGGAUUUCACAGAGAAUUGAUGCACUGAUGGCCCCAUGGUAUAUGAUGCAUAGCUUCUUUUUCACGUACCAAAUGAUACUGAUAAUUGUCUUUGAGAAUGAUUACAACUCAGCUCAAAACGUUGUGGCAGCUGGUAACGCCUUAGUGCAUUUUGGGCUGCUGAUGUAUGCAAUUUUCACUCUACUUAAGUGGUGUACGCAAGAUCUCUUAAAUGAGUAGGUAUGUGGAGACUCCGCCACUAAUCUGGGCGGUCUGUAAAAGGAUCUGAGAUGGAAGUAGGUCUCGUGACAAGGGCCUGGCACUGCGUGAGUUUCCAACUACGUGCACCUGUGGAACCUUGCAGCGUGUUCGGUGGACACAACACUGCAUGACCAAUCAAAUACAAGACACAUACCAACCAGAAAUAGUUUAUUCAGAACAGUAGUACAUGUUCUGCUUGUAAUGUCAGUACCUUCUAUUUCUUUAACAAUACUGAAUACAUUUUGGUACAUGUUAUAUGGCUUGUGUUUGUUAUUAAACAAUAGGAAAUAAAUGUGAUUGUCACCGAACG